CUUAUUUAUUAGUAAUAACUAGUUGGUCGCCAUCUUUAUUUUAUCUGUGUUUUGUUUUUCCUUUAAUUUUCUGUUGUUUUGUUUCUUCCAAAUUGUCGAUAUAUUUGUCUCUACAUACCCUCCACCACCUAUUGUACCUAUGUGAUGGCUGAAAGUGGAAAUAAAUCACAUAAAACGGAACAAGUAUUGAUAAUCGAUCCUAAAAAUGUUAUCCAUUUUGAAGGUCCCUAUACAUCAGUUGUUACCAGUUAUUUAACCCUUACCAAUCCUUCUGAUAGACGAGUUUGUUUCAAGGUUAAAACUACGGCUCCUCGUAGAUAUUGUGUACGUCCCAAUAAUGGAAUGGUUGAACCAAAAUCUACAACAAAAAUUGCUGUUAUGUUACAACCCUUUGAUUUUGAAAAUCAACCUGACAGAAGUAAACAUAAAUUUAUGAUUCAGACAAUGUUUGAACCUGAACCAGAUAUGGAUCCUGAGAAUAUGUGGAAAAUGUAUCCCGAUCAAAUAAUGGAUUCAAAAUUGAAAUGCGUAUUUGAUAAUACAUCUGAAUCAGCACCUGCAAUUGAAGGUGGUGGUGGUAGUGGAAGUGGUAAAGAUGGUGGUAAUGUUUACAGUAAUGCUGAAAAUGCUCCGGAACUAUUUUCAUCCCAAGUUUCCGAAUCAGUUAAACAUACAACAACCACUACUACUACUAAUACUAACACUGAUACUAAUGAUGAAUCUACAGUUAAACCAACGGAAGAUUCAAGGUCUAAAGAGGAAUUAUAUCGUUUGAUGGAAGAAAAUAAUAGCCUGAGACAAGAGUUGAUGCAAUUAAAGGAGGAUGGCCUAAGGAAAAGAUUCACCGAUCCAAGUCCAGCAUCCGGAGAUUUACCUGGUUUUAAAGGUCCAUCUUCAAUUGAUGUUGGUUCUAUUGAUCAAAUGAAUUUAUUAGCUCAACCUCCAGUCAUUGGUAUAAUUUUGGUAGCACUAUUUUUGGGUCUCUUUUUGGGAAAAAUUCUCUUUUAAACAAAAAGCAAAAUCAAAUCAAAAGGUCCAAGAAAAUUAUUAAUUAAUUGAAAUGGAGUCUCAAAAAUGGAGUUAAAAACAAUUGGUCUGAUACCUGGUUAAUCCUUAAAUCCUCCUUUCAACGGUUCACCUUCCUUCCCAUUGAAGCAAAACCUAAACAACAAAAAAAAAUUACAAGAAGUAGAUUAAUAAUGUUAAUCUAUUAAAUUCCUAUUAAUGAAUUUGAUCAUUAAGAAAUUUCACUUCAGUGUCGAUCUCUCUAAAUAUCAAAGAUAUAAAUAAAAAAAUCACAUUAAUAAUUA